AUGCUUGGUGAGUUUCACAACGGGUCGUGUUAUUGCAAGAGGGUUGGCGUGGUGGUGGCAGUGCGUAACGCGGUGAGAAAUUCAAAGCGCGUCUGGGUGAGGAACUUUCUCCCCGCGCACAGCCGGCUGAGCAGCGGGGUGCCGGCGGACCCCGACGGCACCUCCUUUCCGGAGGCUCGGCCCGGGGGUCGCGGCAUCUGCAGGCCCGGAGGGGCUGUUUUAGCUGCAGAGCCGCCCGGGUCACUCUGCGGUUUGGUGACUCGAUUCUGUGUUGAAAAUGAGCCCAUGAGUACAAGUCAGAAAAAGGAAAAUGUACUUUCAUCAGAAGCAGUAAAGACUCCCCAAAGUGAGCACAAAAGGAGCCAUGCAGAGAAGCUAAUCGCUCUUCCAGCGCCAGAAGAUUCCAAAAAGUCAAAUGACCUUUCCAGCCCCACUUCAGAUGGCAGAACAGGAGAAAACGAUCGACAGCCAAAAGAGAGCUUUUUUCAGUUUCUUGGUAACUUAUUCAAUAUCUCCGGGAAAUCAUCUCUUGCUGAGGCCAAGCAGUCUUCUCUCAAAGAUGACCGUGACAAAACUGAGAAAGACUUACAGGGCCCCAGGGGCCAUCGUGAGGAAGGGGUCAGGGAGGAGAGGGAGAUUUCCACGGACUGCCCAGGAACCCAGGCGCUUCCGGCAGAAGAUCGGGAGUCCAACUCAGCUGAACUCUCAGGUGCCUUUUCUUUGGAUACAGCACAAGACAGUGACCAGGAAACCAGUGGUUUCAUAAAACCAGCAGAUGGUAAACCAGAGAGGCCUUCAGUAACAUAUGCAACGUAUCGAGGCCCCAGACAAAUUAGGAAAUUUUUGAAGCAACAGACCGUGUUAGAAACUGCGAAUCUCUUGGACAGAGGAAAUGAAAGCUCUGACUCUAGUACAAGCACACACAUUGGCCCUGGGAGUGAGAUUGCGGCUGGGAUGCUGUCAUCUUUGUCAUCAUCUAGCACAGACAUAUCUGAGAAAGAACAUAUGCUUGGAGACCCAUUAGAAGGCUCUGCUUGUAGCAGAACAAGUCUCAGCACAGAAAGCCAUCCCACAAACAACCCAGAAGUGCUGAAUAUUGCUUCUUCUGAGGAUGUCUUAAAUGAAAAUGGCCUUGGGGGACCUGAGGGAAAUAGGUCAUCCCCUUCUUCUGUGACUAACUCCAGCUCUGCUGUUGGAGACUCUGACUCACAGCACCAUUUAGGUUAUAUGCCAGUUUCUCAGACUGACAGAAAUCUGGUAUGUUCAGUGUUUACAGGAAGCUGCAGCAGCGCAGUUCCUUGCAGUCCAGACUUUCAGAGGGUGACUUCUACAGAGACCACAACAGAAGAAAACAACUCUGUCAGGAGUGAUGGGACCCUGGUGCCAAGAGAAGAGCAUAUCAAGCCUGAGAGUCCUGCUGUUUCUCACUUGUCUUUUAAUAAAUCUGAUGGAAGUGAUACUACCAAACAGGAAAGCACAGAUUCGCCAAGACCAGAUAAAUCAGUUAGGCAUGACGACUUGCAGUCGCCAGAGAGUGAGGGUUUUGACAAGCCAACUGUAGAUAACUCCUCAGAGCAGGCUGCCAAGCACACCGGUGCUCUUCAGAGACAUGCUGGGACAGGCACAGAACUUGUAAAUGAGGGAAACAGGUUGUCUGCCCAAGAUGCACAGAAAAAUUUGGCUGUUAAAGAAAUCAGGCAAGAAACAGAAAGUGUCUGUGAACCCACAGCUUCAAGUCAUGCAAAAGCUCCAGAAGAUGGAAUUGAGUCAUUACCCAAAGAUACUCACCAGUUGUGUGCAACAGAAGCCAAAAAGCUUGAUUUGGGGCCACAUGGCAAAGUGCCUCACAUUCUUAGAACAAAUCCGAAGGACCCUGCUGCUGCUGUAAAAUGUAUCAGUGAGUCAGCAGUUGUAGCAUGCCUAGAAAACAAAAUAACCCCUGAACUGACUUUUGAACUUCAUAGAAAUCACAUUUCAGAAUCUCUUCCUCACUCUCAGAGUCCUCAACAAGCCAAAGUUUCACCUGAUACCAAAACCUCUCUUACCCUUGACUGUGAAAAAUCAAACUGCAAUGCUUCAUCUCCUACCUUUGUUUCUGGAAUUGGCAUGCUGAGCCAGCUGGAUAUGCCUAUUUUGAAGAAUGAAGGGUCUUCUGUGCUCAUUCAACCUGGGGAUGUGGACACUGUGGGUGUUUCCAGUGAGCCUAGCAAAUGCCAUGAAGAAAAUGCAGUGAAUCGCGUUGAGGCUGCAGACGGGAAGUGUCCUCCAGCUGGCCUUCACCUUAAGCAUGCAUCUGUGAUUCUCGAACCCAAGGAUGUUCUUCCCGACAGUGAAAAAUGCCAGGUGCCACUAGACCUUGAAGCCCGUGACACGCACCUGAGUGGCGUGGACUUGAGAUUCGAGUACGAGAGCCUCCCUGAGGACCACAGUUCCAUUUCAUCUCAAGACCCUAAUAAAGCAGAGUCCUUGCUUUCAAACAGUAAAGCAAGGAAGAGCACUCUAGAGAAGUCUGGUUCUCUUUCCUUGGACUCUAAAACUAAUAACAUUGCUAAAGUUUUAUCAAGAGCUGAAGUUGAAGGUCAGAACGACGUUCCUGUGGGGUCACAUUCUGGAGGAGGAAAAGCUACAGCCUUCUCCAAGAUACCAGUUUCCAAAACGGGGUCUGGAGACAUUUCUCAGGAUAAGAUUUCUUCUCCAUUAGAAAUUACAGAUGUGCCGGCAAAGCCUAUUUUAUCAGAAUUAACCUGCCCAGAGGCUGAACAGGACACAAGUUGUCAAUUGAGGGAUCAUAAUGAGAUUAAAGAGAAAUAUUCAGAUCCUGGGCUUAAAGAGAAUGGCCAAGCUGAGGUUUUGCCUUCUGUCUCCAGAUACGCAGGUGAAAAGGAAACAGAGGUAGAAGCGUUAGGUUCUCCUCCAUUCCUCAAAAGCAACACUUCUGGGAUUUUACCUCCUGUUCAUGAUGAAAAAGCCAACACGUGUGUGACUUAUGAACCUUCGGAUAUUUGUGGGACUGAAAAGAUUUCAGGUUCCUCAGAAGUGGCAGAACUCGGCUUAACUAAUACUUGCCCCAAAUUCCAAGAAACUGACAGCACAAAAGUAAACGCACCUUUUCUGGGUUCUGAUACCACUUUGGGGGAAAAUGCUUUUGCACCUGAGGACUCAGGCUUUCUUAAUAAUGUUCCCUGUGCACUGAGAUCGGAAAAGAAAGCCUCACCUCACAGAGAGAGAGAGAGCACUCAUUUCCUACAUGGUGGCAUUGAUAACAUGUCCUCCCAUAGUAAGGCUGAAGGAGCCAGCGUGGUUACAAGUACACAAAAUCCCCAGAAUAGUGUUGGUUCUCUAAAAGUUACUACAGAUGCCACACGCGAAGGUGCCUUAACUAACCCGCUGUACCCUACUAGCUUCUAUUUGGAAUUUGAAACAUCUGUCUCAAUAGGUGCAGGAGGGGCCCCUUUUCAGGAACAUUUUGGUAAUCAUACUGGGGAGGCAUCUCUUGACUCCCCAACUGCUGCCCAGUUUGACAAGCCUGUGGAAGCAGAGAAGGGAGCAGUUGCUGGGGCUCCGGCGUCAGUUAACAGCUCAAGCCAGCAGAGUUCUGAAGCCUCUGCUGAGCACAUAGAAGCAAGGAAGAGAGCAUGUGACCAACUCUGGGCCCUCAGAAGUGGCUUACUGAAAAAAGCUGAUACAUUGGUUGGUGAGAUUUUUAAUUCUGUUAGGGAAGACCUGAAAUCCAAACACACAGUUGAUACCUGCCAGGAGCAGCUAGCCAGAUACAGUAUCAUGAAUCCUGGUGCCCUGAAAGAAGACACAUCUGAGAAAAACCCAUUGGGUGUGACACAGACAGGGAUCCAUCUGAUAGAGCAUUUGGAAGAGCAGGACUUGGAAAACAUGUCAGGACUCCAAGGGGAAGGAAAGGCCCAUGUUUCGCCUACACCUGGUGAGAAGAGUCUCCUUUUUGAUUCUGAUAGAAUGAAUGUAUCUUGUUUGUUAGAAGAUCAAGUUAGGGAAUUAGUCAGUGAGAUUAUUAAUUCAGCCCAAGAAAAUAUAACAAAUGAUGCUUUUGAAGAUACAGAGACUACCUGGGAAUCUGAACUUCAGGCUAAUACUCCAAAAAUUCUGAACAGUGAUAGUGUUAAGUCUCCUGUAAGGGAGUUCUUGGCAUCAGAACAGGUAGUAAAUCAAAGCACAUGUGGAAUUAGUGAAAAUAAAGUAUUAGGUAGACUCUUCUCUGUGAGUAACUUGCCUAGUGACACAGAGUCAAUUAAAGGAAUAGAAAGUUUUUCCUACCCCAAAACCCCAUUUCCUGGAAGUGGAGCUGGACAGUCUGAUGGUAUAAACUUGCAGGAAUCAGAUAGUGUUUUAGUAGCUGAAGACUUGCCCCAUAAAGGGUUAGGUGAUAGGGUAGAAACACGUGUACUUCUCAAAGAGGACUCUAAAGAGAAAAUGGAACUAGAGUGUAUGGAUAAUCGCAAAACUGGGACAGAGGAUACCCGAACUCUUGUAUCAAAUGUCCAAAGGCCUCCAUGUGCGAUUGAUGACAUCCAUAUAGCCGGGACAUCCAAAAGCAGUUGGUCUGAUAGUCUUGUGUGUAUGUCUGAAAAAGGCUUGGCAGCACACAGUAAUAAAAGCACACCCCUUGCAAUGUCAGAAGUAGGGAAAGUGCACAAAAAGGAUACCGAAGUAAACAUAGGGAAAAUCGAGCUUAUCCCUCCCAUGUUAGAACUGGGGAAAGCAAACACAAAGGAUGUGGAAUUGAAUGUUAUGAAAAAUGACGCCAUCCCUCUUAUGGCAGAAAUGGGAGGAGCGCAGAAAAGGGAUGAUGAAUUGAAUGUCACGAAAACUGAGGCCACAACGGACAGUUGUAAAAUGCAGGAAGUACACCAAAUGGAUGCUGAGAGGUAUCAUGAAAAAGUGGAGGGAUUACCUGCCCUAUUAGGAAUGGAAAAGGCGUGUACGAUGGGGGAUACUGAAAGGGAUAUUGUCAAAACUGACUUGAUGCCUGUUAUGUCAGAACUGAAAGAUGCCUGUCAGAAAGACCCUGAGGGGAUUACUGGAAAGACUGAAGGGAUGUCUGUGUCGUUAGGGAUGGAAACUAGUUACCAAAAGCAUGCUGAAGGUGAUAUUGGCAAGACCGGGGUGACAUCAGUUGUGUCAGAAACGGAAACUAUCUACCGAAAAGAUGUGGAGGGAAUUCCUGAAAAGGCGGAAGUGACACCUCCUGCGUUAGAAGUAGAAGGUAUUUACCAAAAGGAUGCUGAAGGACUUACAAGGAAAACUGAAAUGGUACCUUCUGCGUCAGAAGUGGGAAAAGCACCCAUGAAGGCAGCCCCUGCCUCUUUAGAAAUGGAAAAAGCGUGCAAGAGGGAUGCUGAAGAGACAGUGGCAGCGAUGGUAUCCAUGCUGUCUCUGAUAGAAAUGGAGAGAACAUCCCCAGAAGGUUCUGUUGGAGCUGUCAGGAAACACCAAGUGUUACCUGCAGUGGUAAAUGUGGGGAAAACCUGUGGGACAGGUCUGGAGUUGCUUGUUACACAGACAGAGGCCACCCCUCCCAUAUUUGACCCUGAGCAAACACCCCAAGAGUAUGGCGGAGAGAGUAUUGGAGGAAUGGAGGAAGAGCUCACUGAAAUGAAGGAAGGAUUGAUAGCACAUGACAAUAGACUUGCUUCCUAUUUCAGGGGCUAUGAAUCACCUACGUUAAGUAAGGAUUUUGAAGGCUACCCUGCCUUAGCAAUGCCAGAUUUUCAACCCAUGGAUACCAUAGGAAGGCCAGACAGAAGGACAUCUGUUACUGCAGUAGCUGACAAAACAAGAGAUCCGGGGGAUUAUAGCGAUGAAAAAGAAGACUCUAGCCUAGCCUUCGUUUCUCAGGACGAACGAGAAAAUCCAUCCUUCACGAUAUUAUAUGAAGAACCCCUUCAAGGUGACGACAGGCGUGCUACUGCCAAAGUAAGAGCAACACACUCUCUCUUGUUUCCUGAUACCCCCCCUGGCAUUCCUGUUGUCUCCUGUGAAAGGUCUGAGAGUAGAACGGACCUGGUCCAUCAUUUUGAAAGGAGUACUAAGUUAGGUGAGACAUUCGAUAGCGAUAGUUCAGAAAUGUUCUUAUCAGUGGAGGCCAAAAGGUACAAGAUUUACCCCUUAGCUUUGUCACCCAUCUAUGAGGAUGACAGCUCUCAGGAGGACAUUCUGUCCAACGAGGUCUCACCUGGUCAUCAUGGCUCCACCAAAUCAAGAGACAAUGCAAACCAGCCCUCUUCUGUCUUAUCACUUCUGCAGUCAGUGUCAGAGCGUUUAAAGAUGAAUUUUGAUGAAGACUAUAGGCAGGAGUUAGGAGAAGAGGAGGAAGAAGUGUUGCAUAAAGGGAACCUGAGGGCUAGGAGGAGGGAAACUGUUACCUUCAGGCUUCCAGAUCCUCCCGUCACACUUGACCCUGAUGACCAGGAAAGGACUGGAGUUUCUAAGAAUUCAUCUGUAAAGGCAAACGAACCUGCUACUCCACAUCUGCAAGUUGGUCUGUGGCCAGAAAAGGCCUCAUUUCUACAAAAGUCGGACCUGACCUCUAAACUACAUUCUUCCGUAAAGAGUGCUUACCAUCAGUAUUUGCAGACUUCCAAAACCCACCCCUCAGAGAAAGGAGCCCAAUUUGGUGGGACUUUGCAGCACCCAGUGUCAAAAUACUUCCGUGCUCAAGACAACUUGGGCAGAUUAAGCCCAUUCACAGAGAUUGUUGACAGGAAAACUCUGAGGUGUAACCCAAGACCCGGGAAGAUGGUUAUCUAUGAUUUCCAUGGAAGUAAUUAUAAACAAGAGGUCUACCAUAGUGUUCUCGAUACUACGUCAUGGCCCUUUCCGAAUGGGGUACUGAUAAAAGUUGUAAGGGGCUGCUGGAUUUUAUAUGAGAGACCACAUUUCCAAGGUCAAAAAUGUGUGUUAGAGGAAGGGGAAAAGGUGUUAAAUCGUGACUGGACCCUUCAGAACAGAAAGCAUCCACAAAGAAACUUUGUAUUGGGUUCUGUCAAACGUGUCUUAAAGGAUUGCAGUGUUCCAGAGAUAGAACUUUGCCCACAGUCUGACCCAGCAUGUUGUCCCAUCUACAUACAGAGAGCGGUUCCUAAUUUGGAAGAGCUGAAUAUCCCCAAAUCGAUGUCUUUUACUGUGAAGUCAGGAGUUUGGCUCGCCUACCCAGAUACUGAUUUUAAGGGACAAGCUACAGUUUUGGAGGAAGACCAGGGACUCUUUGAGAUUUCUGCAACAGAAAUGAAAUCAUUGCACCCACUUCAGAUGGGUGGACUGAAAGUGGAAAUGCCCAUGAACUUAAAGGUUAUUAUUUAUGAAAAACCUCACUUCCAUGGACAGGCCAAAGAGUUUAGCGAACAUAUCGAUUCUGUCCCGAACUUUUUAAAAAAUGAUGGGGACUUUCAUGGAAUCGGAUCAAUUCGUGUCAUUGGUGGAGUGUGGGUUGCCUAUGCAAAAGAACAUUUUAAAGGCCAGCAAUUCCUGCUGGAAGAAGGAGAUUUUGAAGACAGCAGUGCCUGUGGGGCAUUGAGUGGCCCCAUCUUGUCUUUCCGGUACUUACAAGCUAAUUUUAUAGAAUCUUCCAUCACGCUGUUUGAGUCUGACCUGGAAAGUGGGAAGUAUAUUGACAUUGCAAAUCAGGAGAUUUCUGACUUAGAAGAAAUGGGCUUCAGCAAUGAAACAAGAUCCAUUCAUGUUAAAAGUGGAGUAUGGGUUGCCUACGGGCAGAAGUUUUUCUGUGGAGAGCAGUACGUUUUAGAGAAAGGGAAAUACAAAUGCUUUUUUGACUGGGGAGGAUCUAAUGACACAAUCAUGUCAAUACGACCUGUCCAACUGGAACCACUUGGGAUAAAUGAGCCUCCACAUUUGCUCAAAGCAUUCAGUAAACCAGGGUUCCAAGGUGAAUGUGUAGAUUUUACAAAAGAAACUUCUGAUUUGACUUCAUUCAUUCCAUGUUCUUUUAAAGUUCUUCGGGGCUGCUGGCUCCUGUAUUACCAAGAGGACAUUUCUAAUAACCAGUGUGUUUUAGAAGAAGGCCUCUAUGCUGACCUUACUUCCUGUGGCUGCCCGACAUCUGAAGUCAAGUCCCUCAAGCCCAUUGGCUAUGUGUUCGAAGAACCCUCCAUCAGCCUUUUUGCUCUGGAGCAUUGUGAGGGAAGAGAGUUACACCUAGAAGAGGCUGUGAACUCUGUUCUGAACAAGGACCUGCACUUCUACACCCAGUCCGUGUGGGUGAAAAGUGGGCUGUGGAUAGCUUAUGAAGGAUCCAAUUUCUUGGGAAGACAAAUCCUACUCGAGCCCAAUGAGAUCCCAAAUUGGACAGCGUUCAGUGGAUGGAAAACAAUUGGUUCCCUCCGUCCUAUGAAGCAGCCUGCAGUGUACAUCAGGAUCAGGAACCGGGCCCAGAACGAGUACCUGACGGUCACUGGAAGUGUUGCUGACACCCGGGCGACCUGUGUGUGCACCUCUCCCUACAGCGGGAAGAACACCCAGGUCUGGCACUACUGCCGGGGGCUCUUCAAAUCCAAGGCCAGUGACUUGUGCCUCGACGUGAUUGGGGGCCGGGACACACCUGGAGCUAGAGUGGCCCUGUGGACCGAGCAUGGGCAGUCCAGGCAGAAGUGGAGGCUGAACCGGAACGGCACCAUCAGCUCCUACCUCAGCGACCGGCUUGUCCUUGAUGUGAAAGGAGGAAAUUAUGACAAGACUCAUGUCGUCGUAAAUCAGCCCCUGGAGGGAGAAGAAACACAGAAAUGGGACAUUGAAAUACUGUGAGGGACUCGGCAGCAUCCCCAGAAAGAACAAAGGGAGAAGCAGCGCCCUCACCUCCCUGGGAAAGGGAGCUGCUGGCCCCCACUCCUGGAUCCGAGAAGGCGCUUUUAACUGACGCUCCCAGGUCAGACUGUCGCCGCUCUCCGCGGGAACAGCUCAGAAUAUUGUUGCCAGGUGUUCAGUGUUCCUGCGAGGAACACGGCAUGGUUUCUGGGGAAGGUUCUCUUCCUGCUCGACCUCCAGUUUGGGUGAGCAAGUUUACUGAAAUCUGUGUUCAGUCCGCCAAAUACGACUCCUGUUCCCGACAGCCAUUAUUUAGGACACUGGCAUCAUUAUUUAGGGGCUGUCCUCCUGUGGUUGUUACUUGAACCCCUGUAGACAUGGGGGUGAGUGCGAGGCCCAGGAAAAUAGAUUCCUGUAGUUCAGUCACACUUGUGCAAAAAUGAGUAAUUUUUAGCAAUAUUUGAAGACAUCCGAUAAACCUGUUAAGCUGCUGUAUUAGCUAAACCUCGAAGGUUUUGUAUUGAGGCUUUUAGAACUGAAGCACCGUAAGGAUUCGUACUUGUCACUGACCCCAGGGAGGGGCCUCAGCUUCAUUGGGACAAGGCACAAACGCUGGAGCGUUUUCUGAGGCCAUCCUGUGCUCAGCCCUUCAGACUAACGAAGCACAUGCCCUGUGACCAUCCUUGCGCCCUCUGGGCCGCAGGACUCUCACCAGUGUUUCCUGUCCCAGUGCUGAGAUCUCACCCUGGGGUUUUGCCUGAUCUGCCCUCAAGAGUUUACUAAGAUUGUUUCACCUACAUAUAAUAUAGUCACUUUUAUUUGCCUGAAGUAAAGGGAAGUUUCACCUGUUCAAAUUAAAACCAGGUAGUAGUUGAGAGUUUACCACUUUAAGUAAAAGUGGAAUUGAUUUUUCUGCGAAAUGAUAGAAAACUCAGUUUUCUACUCCCAUCUUAAAUAGCUUUUAUUCAAGCAAAACCAGGUAGGAUGCCAUCUUGGACUUGGUUCCAAGUAAUCAUUGCCACCGUGAACUGUACAGUCCACAUUUUCUCCUCCUGAGCUGGUUUUAAACUGACAACUGAGACAACUUCCCUUUAAGCCCCAGCUUUUGCCAAAAAGCAGGAAAACGUCUGUUCUAUUUUUAUAUAGAAAGAUUAAGUUCUCCAAUGGUAUUUUUUAAAAAUAUCAACCUAUAUGCACUUUAGAAUGUAAAAUAACAAUUGUUUAAACUCAAAGACCCACUAUUUUGAGUACUUUUAUAGAGACUUAGUCU